AUGGGUCCACCACCUGCUCCGCCCUUGUCUAUCCCGCCCGCUCCAACAACUGUGCCGUCAAGCAUCAGCGUUACAGCGCCGCGCCCUUCAGAGCUGCAGCGUCUUACGAAGCCGAAGCGUCUCAAGGCGCAUACAGUGACAUCGAAGAGUCACAGCAUCCCGACGGUGCCACGCGAUCGCGUCACGGGACGCCCGCUCCUCCCGCUCAACGUAGGUAUUAUGACUGUCGUGCAGCUCGGUGAGGUCUGCAUGCGCGAGCACUUUCACACAGAACGAUAUAUCUUCCCAGUUGGGUAUGAAGUGACAAGGCGAUACCUGUCUACACAAGACCCGCACGCUGAGGUUGUCUAUCACUGUAAAAUCCUCGAUGGCGGGGACGGGCCCAAGUUCCAGAUUAUCGCUGCAGACAUGCCCGACAAACCUAUCAUAGCUGGCACCGCGACUGGUGCGUGGUCCGGCAUCGUGCGUGCCGCGAACCUUAUUCGCAAGCGCCAACAUUCGAACAGCGUAUCCGGCCCAGACUACUUUGGACUUGGGCAGAACACAAUUAAACACCUCAUUCAGGAGCUUCCUGGAGCCGACCGGUUGAAAAAUUACGUUUGGCAAAACUUCGUAGAGGGAGGUCCGUUGGGCGGACGGCAUGCUGCUGUGAUUCCUGCUCUUCCAGAAGAAUAU